AUUGAAAUGCUGCCAGUGGUGGAAUGUUUCCUUUGUAUGCCCGGAGUCAAUUUAAUGAUUUAUGUUUGCAAUUUGUGUUGGGUUUGUUUUGUAAAAGGAGUUGGGGUCCCUUGUUUAGUGUAUGGUGCUGUGGCCUAUUUGGUCGGAAAGGAACAAUAAUGUGUUUAGAGGGGGUCAGUGGAAUGCGGAAAGAGUAUUUGAGUUUAUUCAGAUUAAGUCUUUUAACUGGAUCAAAAGGGAAAACGGAGGGAUUAGCUUUUACUUUAAGAACGGAUGCCAGGGAUCAGAGAGGACAGGUAGAGAGUACAGAAUAGGACAACGGAAGCCAUCUUCUGGCUAUGGAAAAGGAGUACUUGAACAGGCAACCCCAUUUUUUGUCACAAAAUUCCAAGAUGAAUGGGAAAUGGGUGAGAUGUGGAAAGCUUUUGUCAAGGAUACUAGAGCAGCAGAGCUGCAGUUAAACCAGAUCAGGAUUGGCCAGCGCACAUUGGAAGCAAAUCUUGCAAGAUUUUCCAUGGAGGACACAACAAGGAAGUCGGAGAAUCUGGUGGUGUCCAAAUCACCAAAUGGGAACAGAUAUAAAAAGGGCUUAGUGCAAGGAAAUGUUGCUUCCUCAAAAGAGGAAGGAAAUCAUAGUGAAGAAGAAUGGGACAUGCAGGCUUCUUGUGCAACUAUGGAGAUAGAAGCUGAAAUUGAGGCUAACCAAGUGGCUUUGUUAGCUUCCAACCGAAGUAGAGUUGACUACAGCAAAAAUUGGAUAAUUGACUCUGGAGCUACUAGUCACAUGACAGGAGAUGAGGACAAGGUGAAAAAUGUUUUCCAUGUAUCUAGGAUGAUAAAGAAUUUGUUGUCUAUGUCACAACUUAUAGCUCUCGGAAAUUAUGUGGUGUUUAGACCGAAGGAUGUGAAGGUGUAUCAACAACUAAAGAUUGAAGGCACGCCCAUCAUGAAAGGAGAAAAGUGGGACUUUGUUUAUGUAAUGUUUGCUGAAACAGCAUAUGUGGGCAAGACUAGCAAGAAUGAUACUUUUGACUUGUGGCAUGCACGUCUUGGGCAUAUUAGCUAUCUUAGAUUGCAGGUGAUGAUGAAUAAAUCUAUGAUGAAAGGCCUACCUAAGCUAGAAUUGCACAAAGAUGUUGUUUGUGCUAGUUGUCAAUAUGGGAAAGCACAUCAACUUCCAUAUCAGGAUUCCAAGUUCAAGGCCAAGGAACCACUACAGCUAGUGCACUUAGAUGUUUUUGGUAAAGUCAAACUAUCAUCAAUUGGUGGAGCACAUUACAUGGUGACAUUUAUUGAUGACUACUUAAGGACCAAGUUUGAUAAGAAAGCAGUCAGAUGUAGAUGCAUUUUUCUUGGCUAUGAUGACCAAAGGAAAGGAUGGAGAUGCUGUGACCCAAAUACUAGGCGUUGGUAUGUUUCUAGAAAUGUUGUGUUUGAUGAAGCAUCUUUUUGGCGGUCUCCACAAGAGGUUGUGUUGCCUGAUUCCAAGGAAUUGGAAGAAGAGGUACAAGAAAAGCUUGGAGAAGAUACUUGUAGGCUAUUGGAUACUCAAGAAGUUGUAGAGAAGGAAAAGGAGAUACCUCUUGAAAGAACAGUGAAUCCAUGGCAAACAGGACUAAGACGCUUCACUCGAGAGCUAAAGCCAAAUCCUAUGUAUGCUAAUAUUGCUCUUAUUGAAGCAAGUCCAAUAACAGAACCGAAAAACUAUGAGGAAGCUGCACAAAGCGUUGAAUGGAGAAAAGCACUAGAAAAGGAGAUAAAGGCUUUAAUGCCAAACCAGACUUGGGAAUUGGUACCCAAGCCAAAUGAUGUGAAGCUAGUAUCUUGCAAAUGGGUCUACAAGGUUAAGACUCGGCUAGACAAGAAGAUAGAGAGAUAUAAGGCUAGACUUGUUGCUCGAGGGUUCUCCUAACAAUACGGGAUAGACUAUGAUGAAACUUUUAGUUUGGUGGCUAAGAUUACAACUGUUAGAGUACUACUUGCUCUAGCUACAAGCAAAUCAUGGAAGCUGUGGCAAAUGGAUGUGAAGAAUGCAUUUUUGCUUGGAAAAAUUGACAAAGAGAUUUAUAUGGAGCAACCAUGUGGAUUUGAAGAUAAUAGGCAUCCAGAGUAUGUCUGCAAAUUAAAUAGGGUGUUGUAUG